AUGUCACGACCGCUCACCUCCGCAAUGCGACUACUGCGCACCCUCCACACCCUCCCCCUCCGCCGCCCCACCCCCUCCGCCGCCGCCGCCGCCCCCGCAUUCCUCCGCAGAUCAAUGUUCAUCCAGACGGAAAUCACGCCCAACGCCUCCGCCCUCAAGUUCAUCCCCGGCACGCCCGUGCUGCCCGCAGGCUCAUCGUCACUAGAGUAUCUCGACGGGCGGGAGACCCACAACUCGCCGCUCGCGCGGAAGCUGUUUGCGGUGGACGGCGUGCGCGCCGUGUUCUACGGCCCGGACUUCAUCACAAUCACAAAGACCGAGGGCGCCAACUGGGCGUUUGUGAAGCCGGAGGUGUUUGCGCUGAUUACGGAGGCGCUGGCGGGCGGCGGGAGCGUGGUGGUGGAGGGGACGAGCGGCGCGGUGGAUACCUUGCCGCAGGAGGGGGAUAGUGAGGUUGUGAGUAUGGUGAAGGAGUUGUUGGAUACCAGGAUUAGGCCGUCGAUUCAGGAGGACGGCGGCGAUAUCGAGUAUCGAGGUUUCGAGAACGGAAUGGUGAAGCUGAAGCUCCGCGGAGCUUGCAGGACCUGCGAUUCGUCGACUGUGACGCUGAAGAACGGAAUCGAGUCCAUGCUGAUGCACUAUAUCGAAGAAGUAAAAGGCGUCGAACAAGUCCUCGACGAGGAAGAAGAGAUCGCGAUCCGCGAAUUCGAAAAGUUUGAGGAGAAGCUCAGGAAGGUUAAAGGCCCACCACAAUCCGCUUCUGCUUAA